AUGCAGAGUAGAGAAAGGAGGAUAAUUUGGGACAGGAGACAAGCUGCUGAUGCACAAUUGGCCAGAUAUUACUGUAGUACACAAAGCUACACAGAAGUGGCACACAUUGACAUAGCUGGGCCAGGUGGACCAAAAUAUCCUUACUACUGAGGGGGAGAAGGUGGAAAGGUAUCAAGACUCAAAAGUAAAAGAAUCCAUAGUCACGAAAGUGACAGUACUACCCAUCGUGAUUGGUACACUAUCUCCAAGAAUGAAAAAAGCUUGGUAUGGGAGGUUAAGUCUGCCUGACAGUUUUGGACGAGCACAGUUGUUAGCCAUCCUUGGUACUGCUCACAUCUUGCGGUAAGCUGCUGAAUCAUGGCUGAGAAGACCCAGAAAAAGACGAGAACUAAAGAGAAUAAUAAUAAUAAUAAUAAUAAUAAUAAUAAUAAUAACGGUAAUAAUGUUAAGACACUGGGCAGUGUCACUUGCCAGAUAUGUGGAUAGAGGAGAAGGGGGAGGGGGUAUUGAAUUGAGAAAACACGAAAGUCAGCAUUUAGACCAUAGGACAAAAGAGUUCGUUCGACGGGCUUGUGUGGCACGACAUCAAGUGCCAAGGAAGGUCGGAGGAAUGGCCCCUGUAUCCAUAGACGACUCUGUCAAUCAAGCCAGGCAAUCGCUAGAAAGUUAUGUCCAAUCCAGUCAUGAGGAACUGUUGAAAACAGUUAGGAGGGAAAGAGUUGAAAAACAAAAAAAGCCCUCCGGCUUUAGAGCAAGGAGAACUGAAUUCAGAAUGGCAAGAAAACCGUGAAGGCCAUGUAAAUGAGGAAACGUCGUCUUGGUUGAAGGAAAGAAAGGGAGAAACAAGCUCUCAUCAAUGCAGUUAAGAAUCCAGCUUACGUACUAAUUACAUGAAAGCAAAGAUUGACAAGUGGCAGAGCAGAAGCUGAUACCGUCAGCCAUAUUCUAUGUUCAUGCCCGAAACUGGCACAAGAAUCAAAGACGAGAAAUGACAAAGUGGCUGGGGCAAUCCAUUGGGUCCUGGCUGAAAAGUGCAAAUUUAAGCGGAAUGACCACGUUUUGGAAGGAAUUCAGUGUUCGAACAUGUAAUGAAUUACGGCCAGGGGACCGAAUUGGGGGAUCAAUAGACAGAGGUGCUGUCAAAUUAUAG